AGUUGUUAUAGCCGUGCUAUACAACAAUCAACAUAAAGAAGAAAACUCGGGAAACACAUCUGCGAAGACCCCCAUUCGGCAUCACUCCAAUGCAAUCUCUACUUCUUCCAGCUCCGUGGUUUUCCAAGACGCAUUUUGGGCCGCACAUAUUUGAUUUUGAUCCCGGCCGUUUCUCUGCCCAUUUGCGGCCUCCGUCGUCGUCAACUACGGCACCGAAGGCCAGUCUUCGAGCAUCUUAUUCAGCUAUCCCUAUGUCUGGCAUUGUGCCAACGGGCACCCAGGCACCACAAAGUGCAGAUACCAUCACCGCUACAACGCAAAGAGAGCAACAGGAGGCAGUGGAAGAGGCAGAAAACCUAGGUUCGGCAGAUCCAACUACUCUCCCAACUCUACCGCCGAGGUUACCGACACUGAUUCCUGUGGAAGGACCCGGUGGUGGGACUACUCAACAACAACCAUCACGGUUUCUGUCUACUGAAGAAUUGCUGGUUAAUACUACUGCGCAGUUGCCUAGCAUUGGUUCUACAGUGUCAUUAUCGCAGGUUAUAUCAGGGUCUCCCCAGCUCGGACUUCACGGCGUGCCAACCUCGACUGCCAUACGAUCUUUACCGCCGAAAUCUACGAGACGUGCUAAGGCGCACGUUGCUUCUGCCUGUGUGAAUUGUAAGAAAAAGCAUCUGGGUUGUGACUCUGCCAGACCAUGCAGGCGAUGUGUCUUGUCAGGGAAGGCGGCGACAUGUGUGGAUGUCACGCACAAGAAAAGAGGACGCCCGCCUCUCAAGGCCGAAGAAACGCCCUUAAGAGGAGUGCCUUCCCUAGGCAGCUCAGUGACACCGAGAGAACAAUACCAGAUAGCUGGGAGUGUACGUGUACCGAGCCACACGAAGACGUCUUCACGAGAAAUCCGACCAAUGACCGACCUGUACUACUCACGGCCAUUGGAACCUGGAUCAGCAGGAUUAGAUAGCAAUGUCAGCCUACUAACUGCGCCUUCAGGAAGAUGGCAGCCGUUCACGUCUCCUCAAAUGCUUUCAACCGGCCACAGUCAGAGACCUGUCUCAUCCUCAGGUCCUUUACCGAUGUCUUCUGUCAACUAUGCACAUAAUAAUCCUUUCACAUCUUAUCAUAUGGCGGCUUUUCCGCCGCCUACGAGGGUUUCAGAAAUGCCUACGGGGAUGAGCUAUAAUGAUCGGCCACCAACCACUACAACGCCGACAGUGUCGCCUCAGCAGUAUCAACAACAUUUCCAACCGGGAUUGCAAUCACGCAUAAGCCCGCAGACCCCUAGUCGUGGGUUAGAUGUGGCUCCCUCAGGUCCUUCACCAUUAGGGUUUCGAGAACCCUACACCGAGCCCGGUGUUCGUCUACCACCUAUUCUUCCUUCUACGUUUGCGACUCAUCAUAUCUCGACCCAUUCACAUCGGCGAAGUGAUUCAUAUCCUAAUGUAUUCGCAUACCAGACUCUGAGCAGUCCUCAGCAGCAGCAGCAACAACAACAACAACAACAACAACAACAACAACAACAACAACAACAACAUGAACCCCAUUCAUCCUCGUCGCAUCAAUUUGUCCGUCCUCAGGAAUCUCCACCCUCCAUGUUUGAGCUUCGAUCACCGUAUCCCGGUGCAACAGCUGGAGAACAUGAAAGAAGCCCACCACAUCAACCCUAUCCAAGUCAACGGCCGCAUAGUACUAUUACUCCGACUACUACAACAACCACCACCACUACCACCACUACUUCGCCAGUCUAUACUGAACGGCGACGAAAGAGUACGGCUAACGACAACGAAGAGAACCCCCAGCCAUCAAAACGACGACGAAUGGCCGUGGACGACAUCGUGAAUGAUUAGCCGGUGACGAAUUUCUAUCAAAGUCAAUACCUCUAAUCCUUAAUGUUUAUACAUAAUACCUAUUUACAUGGCCACUUACUCACCUGAUAUCAUGGAGCCGGAACUCCGGAGUGAGAUUAGAAUGUCCAAAUUGGAGACUUGCACAUGCAAUUGCUGCCCUUGAAGGGUAAGCUUGCAGUUAAUAAAUACAUACUAAUUCCGUCUGCAUCUUUUUUUCGGUAUUUAUUUUCUUACCGCUAGAAGACAGAUUGCUUCCCAUUCUUUUCAUUUCUUGUCUUGUCUUGAUCUUCAACUCAUCAGAUAGACUUCUCAUUCGUCUGCUUUUUUUUCUUUUGUUUACAACUUGUUAGAGUGAAAAGACACCGUACUGUUGCAUUAUACUGUUUACUCAUUGUACACAUUCAAGGGGCUUCUGUUAUCUUCUUUUAUAUAGCAUAGUGAUUCCCCCAAUUCUCACUUUCUCUUCUUUCCAUAAUUUUCUGCCUGUUUGAGGAUAUUAUAAGAGUCUGCUUUACUUGCAAGGUUGGAAUUGUUUAGACAUGCCGUGUAUCAAUGAUAUGCACUCGUCCUCGAUUUCGGUGAAGACAAAUGUAAAACACAAGAGCACAUGACAAAUAUGCUAGUAUGAUAGAGUAAUAUACACUGAUGUAUUCGGACAAAAGAAAUAAAAACCAAUGUAAUCAAACCUUGCUAGACUGUGUAACCAAAAACAGAAUACAACACCCAACAAUAACCGUCGCCAUAAGCGUAAUCACCGCCUGCGUCUUCCACCCACUCUGCACCAACGCCGCUCUCCGACUAUACUUUGUCACGGUGAUGACAUAUAGCGAAAACCCACUAGCAAGACAGGCAAGACUCAUACACCAAAAUACAAUGCCCAUGGGUAGAGCGAUCACGCGCUCGAUAUGAGUGGGCUGCGAGGAGAAAUGGAAUGAUAUCAGGAUUGCCGAGGAGACUAUGGCCAGGUAUAUGGCGAGUCGGAUC